AUGGCGGGCACCUCCGACCCACUGGAAGAUAUGCUCUUUUCUGAGGUGGAUGAAAAAGCAGUGAGCGAUUUAGUGGGCUCUUUGGAGUCACAACUUGUCGGACAAAGCAAUCCUGCAGAUACUCAGUCGGAAAACAGAGGUGCUGGGUCUACAGUCCCUGCAAACCAUCACUUAGGAAAAACGCUACCAGUCCAAGUGGGUACUACAUUAGAACAGCAACAACAACAUAAAGCUGGGAUGCACCAGGAGAUUAACUCUAAGGAAAUUAGCUCAGAGAAAACUGUUACAUCUUCUUCGAUUAGUUCUAUUCCGUCCUUAGAGGAAGCUUCCACCACUUCAGGGACCGGGGUAAACGCUACCACGAGCGGUUUGCAAUCACAUGGAACAUCAUCUAUCACAACACUGCCUGCAUCUGGUGGUAUAGCAACUUAUCCGCUUGUCAGCAGCCUCAGCACCACCACCAGCCGAGGUUCCGCUCUGGCUUCAGGUCAGACAUCAACAGACAUUGUCGAUCAUCCAAGAAAACGCAUAACUGCAUCGUUACGGAGUGCAUCCGUGGGAAUACAGAGUUUGAACGGUACCGGGAGGAGCGGUAACGUCAAGGAAUAUCCCCCCUGCCGCGGGAACCGAUGCGUUGAUUAAAAACGUUAGCACUGUGUCUAGCAGUGCAAGUGCAGCAAACUCAAGUCGGACGGUUGACGUUACAUCUUGUGUAAAUACGACAAAUUUCACUUUAUCUAGCUCCAGCAUUUGCUCAACUCAAUCAGCGAUUCCCCUGGACAAGGGGACUCCUACUAUUGCUUUGCAAAGACUACCAAGUCACAUUGUAGCGAGCAUCGCGCAGAAUGGAAAUGGCACUACCGUCUCGGCCUUGGUUAAACAAGGCGCGAUAGGACCUAUCACCUCUGCAGUAACUUCGCAAGUGAACCACAAAAAAGAGGGUUCUGAAGCGAAGUCGGACGCUCCCGUGCAGUCCAAAAUAGUAAUGUCCAGUCCGUCAAGUGUUGUCAAUUCCGUAAUAAACUCUGUUUCCUCUCCCUCUGCUGUUUUCAACCUAGCAGCGACUUCUACUGCAAGUCAUGUCAUGGCAAAGCCUGCUGUCAAUGUUGGUGGACAAACUUUGACUACAACGGUUGGCAUGGUAAGGCCAGCAUCACCGGCUGUGGCCACAGCUACACAGCCUCUGCUUCAACCGGGAGUCCCAGCGGCUCAAAGGAUUGUAGCCCCCCAACUGAUUGUCAGACCCCUCCAACAACAACAAACAGACGACCAUUCAACUGCCUCCUGGGUUUACCAUCCCACCGGGUAAGGUGUUAGGAGGAUGAAUUGCUCUUCUCUUCAAAUCAGAGAGAGGGAAAAUCUGCUCAGAUCAAAACAAUGAAACUGGGCAGGUCUUUUUGAGAGCCCUGUGCUUUGUCAUUACAUCAAUUUUGUACUUUAAUGUAAAACAUUACCUGGACAUGUGAUGUGUUCCUUCAUCAUUUCCCUGUUCACUUCCUGAAGAUUCCCAAAGAUGCAGCAGCAUUCAUUUGAUAAACACCUGUCAAUACAGAUUAAAUCUGUGCAUUCUGUACAGAUUAAAGGAGAAGUUGUUUUUAACAACCAAAUCUCUAUUUUCAAUGUAAAUGUCAUGUUAUAGAAGGUUCCAGUCACCUUUUUUUUUUUUUCACAUGUUUGUGAGAAACUUACCCCAGACAGCAAAUCACUUCUUCAUCCUCCUUGUGUAGUAUAGGGGCCCUGAAAAAACAUGAACAAAGGGUCCAAAAACAAAUGCGUCCUUUUAGAAAUGGCAAAGCUCUCAGUAUAGUGGUGCAGGUCUUUAGAUGUUGAACAUAUGAAAUGGUGUCAUUCCAAACUUUAUCCGCAACGUUAUGUUCCAUUUUGUUGCGACUCGAGUGUUCCAUCUCUGUCCGUUCUACUGAUAACCGCCAAAAUAAAGGAAACAUUUAAUUAAAUGAGGGAUACAACGUAUACUGAAAGCAUGGGGUGCUUACACACAAGAAGUUCCAGACCCUUGUAGAAUCUAUGCCAAGGCACGUUGAAGCUGUUCUUGCGGCUUGUGGUGUCCCAACAUGGUAUUAAAAUGCUUUAUAUUGGUGUUUCCUUUAUUUAGGCAGUUACCUGUAGCAGAAGGCUACAUGGAGAAUGGAACAGCUGGAUAGGGGAAACGUCUUGAGUCACGCAAAAGGGAAUUCAACAAUGUGUACAACAUCUAAAGACCUGCAUCACUAUACUGAGAACUUUGCCGUUUUUAAAAGGACGUAUUUGGGUGUUUUUGGAACCUUUCUUCAUGUUUUUUCGGGGCCCACAUCCUAAACAACAAGGAUGAGGAAGUGAUUUGCUGUUUGGUGUAAGUUUCUCAAAAACUAGUGAAAUCACAAAAAAGGUGGACCCUAUAACAUUACAUUUACAUUAAAAAAAUAGAGAUUUGGUUGUAAAAAAACGUCUUUACAUUUGUAUUGAUUUUAGGUUAAUUCUGUAUAAUGUUGGAGACAUACCUGAAAUUGAAUAAAGUUAUUACUUGAAUCAUGACACCCAUUAUCAACACAACACAAAUAUCACAACCAAGACUGCAUGUGAGCAAAAUGUUCGCUGCUCAGUUGGUAUGGUGACAAAAAUGCCUACCGGUAUACUGUAUAUAAUAUACAGUAUAUUUCAAUGGCAUUGACAAUAUGACAGAACACAGUACACAAUGGCAUGCAUCAUCCCAGUUCUAAGAAAGUUCCACAAAUCUGCUUGAUAUCACCCAAUCAAAUGACUUUUCUCACAUCACAAGCAUGUGCAUAUUUUGCCAAUGGGCAAGUUUAAUGAAAUGGCAAUACAUAAAAAAACACACCAGACAUGAUCUCCUCUAUUGGUAUUCAUGUCUCAAAGUUGUUACUCUGAGCUGCAUGAGGCACGUGAAAGAGCCACUCAAGUUCCUCUAGAAACAAUAUCAGUGUGGUGGCCCAGCAGACAGACAGAUAGGUCUACUCAUGCAUUUUGUAUGUGCUCAUUCUUUCAUGCUGCUCAAGAAACUUUGACUCAGUAGAGAAAAUGGAUUAGAGCUGGGACUUUUUUUUUUAAAAACACGAAAAUUUUAGACACCGUCAAUACCGAUCACUUAUCGCAGGCAUUUUGCUGAUAUCGUACAUUACAAUAAGUAGCCUAUACUAGAGAAAUGUGGAGUUUGAAAUGAAAUAAGAUUGCUAAUAUGGGUGGUUGUUAAUGGGACAAUUGAUGGCUACAACCAUCAAACUAGUAGUAGUAGUUUAAAGGAUAAUAAAACAAACUGGUGCACAUUAAUGUUAUAAACUAUCGUUCUAUUUAUCGUUAUCACAUCAAUUCAGGCAAUUUAUCACAAUAUGGAUUUUUGUCUCUCAAAGUUACACAUUUAAAAUAAACAAAUAGCUGGAUAUGCAUACCUCUGAUAUGAUAUACUCUGAUUUGCAGAAUCAUUCAAACCUCAGUUAAAUGAAGGAGAGAAGUUUCAUGGAGUGCCGGGAACUCAUGGCCCAGAACACAUCACUGGCAAUUUAUGAGUUAAUGACAUUUUCUCAACCGUUAGACUAUAUUGCAUCUCAUCUCACCAAUACAUGCCUGAAGACAAUCCACUGUUGCUUAUGUGUUCAGUGUGGCACGUGAUUCGGUCUCCAUGUGUUUGGCAGCGCUAAAUGAACAGUCUGAAUAAAUCCAUGCUGUUUGCAUUUAAAAACAAUGAGCCAGUCGUGCUCUGAUGAUUUGAGGCUCACUUUUAUGACUGAGAUUGAGGUUGGGUCUAAAGGAUUUACAGUGUUCUGAUUGCCUGCUUCCAGAGGAUUCAAUUCAGGUUACCUGUUUAUGAGUUGGAGUUGGCAAGUUAAAAGUUCAGCUGUUGUUUAGCAAGUUCACCUGAUCUGUUUUUCUAACUCUGGGGUUUAAAUGAGUAAGCACCUGUCUAUGAGGCUGUUCAGACAGGCUCAGAACAGUGAAGGGGACAGAGCACAUGCAACGUGCUGUUUAAGAGACUAUUUGGUUAUUUAUGUUAUUCAACCCUUAUUUUACCAGGUAAGUUGACUGAGAACAUAUUCUCAUUUACGGCAACAACCUGGGGAAUAGUUACAGGGGAGAGGAGGGGGGAUGAUUAGGUCGACAGAUGCAUAUCUGUAUUCCCAGUCAUGUGAAAUCAAUAAGUUAGAGCCUAAUGAAUUUAAUGCAAUUGACCGAUUUCCUUAUAUGAACUGUAACGCAGUAAAAUCUUUGACUUUUUUGCAUGUUGCAUUUAUAUUUGUGUUCAGUAUAAUAAUAUAUUGUUGAUGGUUACUUUGCUUAGUAUGUGCUUUCUGAUUAGUAGUAGGCUCAUUGUAUAAUAUAAAACUAUAUAUAUAUAUAUUUGUAUACUGUACUUUGUCGCCGGGUAGGAAAUGUAGUAGUAUACUGUGAUUCAUAAUAGUAAUUAAAUCACUGGCAAAACAGGCCUUGUUUUAAUUGCCAUCAUCGGGCCAGAGCAUGCAUCUUCCUCCUUGUUUAAAAUGACAUCAUCGGGCCAGAGCAUGCAUCUUCCUCCUUGUUUAAAAUGACAUCAUCAGGCCAGAGCAUGUAUCUUCCUCCUUGUUUAAGGAGUCCUCUGUAGCUCAAUUGGUAGAGCACGGCGCUUGUAAUGCCAGGGUAGUGGGUUCAAUCCCCUGGACCACCCAUACGUAAAAAUGUAUGCACACAUGACUGUAAGUCGCUUUGGAUAAAAGCGUCUGCUAAAUGGCAUAUUAUUAUUAUUAUUAUUAUGAUGGUAUGAGGGCCAGAUUGGCAAUUUAGCCAGGAUACUGGGGUUAACACCCCUACUCUUAUGAUAAGAGCCAUGGGAUCUUUACUGACCACAGAGGUGGCGUUUACACAGACAGCCUAAUUCUGAUAUUUUGGUAUGUUGACCAAUCAGAUCAGCUCUGAAAAUAAAUAAUUGUAUUUGUCACAUGCUUCGUAAACAACAGGUGUAGACUAACAGUAAAAUGCUUACGGGUCUUUUUCCAACAACAGAGUUAAAGAUAAAACAUUGAAAUAGUGACACGAGGAAUGAAUACACAGUGAAUACAUUUUUAAAAUAACGAGUAAAAAUAGAAUUGCUACUAUAUACAGGGAGUACCAAUACCGAUUUGAUGUGCAGGGGUACGAGGGAGUUGAGGUACCUAUUCAAUGCCUUCAGAAACUAUUCACACCCCUUGACUUAUUCCACAUUUUGUUGUGUUACAGCCUGAAUUCAAAUUGGAUAAAAAAAAAACAUCUCACCCAUCUACACACAAUACUCCAUAAUGACAAAGUGAAUACAUGUUUUUAGAAAUUUUUGCAAAUCUAUUGAAAAUGAAAUACAGAAAUAUCUAAUUUAAAUACUUUGUAGAAGCACCUUUGCAGUGAUUACAGCUGUGAGUCAUUGCUAGACAACCAUUUUCAGGUCUUACCAUAGAUUUUCAAGUUGAUUUAAGUCAAAUCUGUAACUCGGCCACUCGGGAACAUUCAUUGUCUUGUUAAGUAACUUCAGUGUAGAUUUGGCAUUGUGUUUUAGGUUAGUGUCCUGCUGAAAAGUGAAUUCAUCUUCCAGUGUCUGGUGGAAAGCAGACUGAACCAGGUUUGCCUCUAGGAUUUUCCCUAUGCUUAACUCCUUUCUGUUUAUUUUUUUCCCCUGAAAAACUCCCCUGUCCUUAAUGAUUGCAUGCAUACCCAUAACAUGAUGCAACCACCACUAUGCUUGAAAAUAUGGAGAGUGGUACUCAGUAAUGUGUUCUAUUGGAUUUGCCCCAAACAUAACACUUUGUAUUCAGGACAAAAAGUUCAUUGCUUUGCCACAUUUUUUGCAGUAUUACUUUAGUGCCUUGUUGCAAACAGGAUGAAUGUUUUUGAAUAUUUGUAUUAUGUACAUCAGAGGAGGCUGGUGGGAGGAGCUAUAUGAGGACGGGCUCAUCCUAAAGACUGGAUUGGAAUUGAUGGAACGGUAUCAAACACAUCAAACAAAUGGAAACCACAUGUUUGACUCUGUUCCAUUUAUUGAAUUCUAGCCAUUACAAUGAGCCCAUCCUCUUAUAGCUCCUCCCACCAGCCUCCUCUGAUGUACAGGUUUCCUUAUUUUCAAUCUGUCAAUUAGGUUAGUAUUGUGGAGUAACUACAAUGUUGUUGAUUCAUCCUCAGUUUUCUCCUAUCACAGCCAUUCAACUUUGUAACUGUUUUAACGUCAGCUUUGGCCUCAUGGUGAAAUCCCUGAGCGGUUUCCUUCCUCUCUGGCAACUGAAUUAGGAAGGAAGCCUGUAUCUUUGUAGUGACUGGGUGUAUUGAUACACCAUCCAAAGUGUAGUUAAUAACUUCACCAUGCUCAAAGGGAUAUUCAAUGUCUGCUUUUUAAAACAUCUUUACACAUCUACCAAUAGGUGACCUACUUUGCGAGGCAUUGGAAAUCCUCUCAGGUCUUUGUGGUUGAAUCUGUGUUUGAAAUGCACUGCUCGACUGCGGGACCUUACAGAUAAUUGUAUGUGUGGGUACAGAGAUGAGGUAGUCAUAAAAAAAUAAUGUUAAAAACUAUUAUUGCACAUAGAGUGAGUCCAUGCAACUUAUUAUGUGACUUCUUAAGCACAUUUUUACUCCUGAAUUUAUUUAGGCUUGCCAUAACAAAGGGGUUGAAUACUUAUUGACUCAAGAAAUUUCAGCUUUUCAUUUUUAAAUAGUUUGUAAACUUUUCAAAAAACAUAAUUCCACUUUGACAUUAUGGGGUAUUGUGUGUAGGACAGUAACAAAAAAUCUCAAUUUAAUCUACUGUAUUUUAAAUUCAGGCUGUAACAUAACAAAAUGUGGAAAAAGUCAAGGGGUGUGAAUACUUUCUGAAGGCACUGAAUAUAUAGCGAGGGAUAAAGUGACUAGGCCGCAGGAUAUAUAAUAGACAUUAGCAGCAGCGUAUGUGGUGAGUGUGUGUGUGGCGUCAGUAUGCGUGUGUGGACAUGUUAUGUGUGUGUGGGCGUAAUUAUGUAGUGUAUGUGUGUGUUGGGGUGUCAGUGUAAGUACAGUAUGUAUGAGUGUGUGGGAAGAGUCCAGUGUGUGUGCAUAGAGUGCAAGAGAGUUAGUGCAAAAAGGGUCAAUGCAGAUAGUCCAGGUAGCCAUUUGAUUAGCUGUUUAGCAGACUUAUGGCUUGGGAGUAGAAGCUGUUCAGGGUCCUGUAGUUUCCAGACCUGGCGCAUUGGUACUGCUUGCUGUGCGGUACUGUAGCAGAGAGAACAGUCUAUGGCUUAGGUGGCUGAAAUCUUUGAAACAUUUUUGGGCCUUCCUCUGACAACGCCUGGUAUAGAGGUCCUGGAUGGCAGCUCGCCCCCAGUGAUGUACAGGGCCUUACUCACCACCCUCUGUAGCGCCUUGCGGUCAGGUGCCUUGCAGUUGCCGUACCAAGCAGUGAGGCAGUCAGUCAAGAUGCUCUCAAUGGUGUAUCUGUAUAACUUUUUGAGGAUCUGAGGACCCAUGCCAAAUCUUUUCAGCCUCCUGAGGGGGAAGAGGUGCUGUCGUGCCCUCUUCACAACUGCAUGGGUGUGGACCAUGUUCAUUCUUUAGAGCAGGAUUUCCCAAAGUCGGUCCUGGUCCCAAAUCACUGCCCUGGGGCAUUGGGAUCUUUUUUUAGAUCAGAGGAAAGUGUGCCUCCUACCAUGUUCAUUCUUUAGAGCAGGAUUUCCCAAAGUCGGUCCUGGUCCCAAAUCACUGCCCUGGGGCAUUGGGAUCUUUUUUUAGAUCAGAGGAAAGUGUGCCUCCUACUGGCCCUCCAUCACUAUCUGGUCUCUCAUUCAGGGACUGACCAGGACCAACCCUGCUCAGCUUCAGAGGCAAACCAGCAGUAAGCUGCAGGGUGGUAUGCUGCUGGUUCAGAUGCUCCUCCGCAGAGUGCACGAGGCUACUUUCUGUGUGCACAUAGAUCUACACAUACUCUUAAGUCACAUCAGGUCUACUUGUGUCUGGACAUUACUCUUAUAGCAUAUCCAUUAGCCUACCCAAAAUGUCCAGUGAUUAAAGUAGCUUUUGUGUGUUAGUGAGAAAAUGUGUAGUAUGAUAUAGUUACAUUUUCUCUGAGUUAAGCUAGAGGAGGCUUAUGGAAAUCUGUUUGAGGCGUUUAUGUUCAGUAACAGGUACACUGUUUAAUAAAAGCUCUAUUAUUUCUCGUUCUGUUUGAUGCUGAUGAAAAUGGCAUGUACUGCUCUCAUGGGCAGAUUGAACAUGACAUCAGAAUUUAGACUACUGUUUCGUAAAUUCAACGUGAUCUCCUUGUCACUGGUCUCCUUGUCACUUUCUAGGGUCACUAUGUGACUGAAAUAGGUGCAUUUCAUUGACAGCCAGCCCAGGUGCCUUUUAGGACAGUGUAUUGACUUUGACUGAGUAUAUUGUGUGUGAUUGCUCUGUCUGCACUCUAGGAAUGGUGUUGGUGCGCACUGAGAUGGGUCAGCUAGUGAUGGUCCCUCAGCAAGCCCUUGCCCAGGCACAGGCCCAAGCCCAGGCCCAGGCCCAG